AUGCUUUCAGAAGCAGCUUUACAAAAACCGGAAGAGGCAUCUGAUGAGGAGCAUGUGGGAGAUGAGAACAGUCUUAGUACUACGUUGGGUGAAGAAUUGUCGCAAAGCAAUGGGCAUGAUACAAGUAAUGUCGUCCGCACAAGUAGCGGUAGAACAGUGCGCCGAGUACAGUACACGGAUAGCAUCAUGAUACCUGAUUCAGAGCCAUCUCCUCGUCCACUGAAGUCUUCGAAACGGCAGUCGACACGAUCGAAUGGUUAUUCUCAUAUCGACUUUGUUGAUGACGACCUUGAUUAUGACAGUGAAUCAUCAUCUGUCUCACGCAGUAAAAGGAAACGAAAAAGU